AUGAAUACUAAGAAUAAACGAAGAAAUAAUGAGGUGGCAUUGCAAUUGGGAGAACCAUUACCUUUACCGUACAAGGUAGACAAAAAUAUACAAAUUAAGGAAGAGGAUGACGCAACAAUGGAGACUAGACAUAAUUCAAGACCAUUCCAUGAACCUAUACCGUUUAUUCGAAACGUUAGCUCGUCUCAGAACCAUGAAAUAUAUCUGCCAGAGAAUUUGAAACCUAGAGCAAAAACAAUAAAUCUUGCAAAACCUAGACCUGUUCCUAUACUGAGAGAUUACUUGAAUUCGAGAGUUGUAUCAAACGAGCGUAUAUUGCCAAAGAUAUACGAUACGGAAGAACAGUUACAAUCUGUGGAUUCAAUAGCUGAAAAGUUAGAUAGAAUAAGAAAGCUUGUUGUUUACAGAGAAAUAAAUGUGGACUGCGAGGCAUUCCAGAAAUUUGAUGGUGAAUUAUCGAGUUUACUUAAAGACCACCAUGAAUUUGACGAAAUAGAGGCAGACGAACAAUUACAACCACAACACGAACCCACAGUACUAGAGGAAUUAGAAAGCUUACAACGAAUAAGUAAACCAGCCUCUACUAUACGCUAUAUCAUAAUAAUUACUAGUAUCAUUUUCUUCUUAAUAUCAUCAUUUAUUGUGUCUGGGUUGAAUUACGAGUACUGCUAUUAUUUUUGUUAA